AUCUUUCGAUCAGUACUGAAAUCUGUUCGAAGCCGAAGCAAAGUAAAACAUAAUUGAGUAGAUCGGUAAUUUCUAUUACCCACUUGUAAUUAUUAUCAAAGAUUGUUCAAACAUUGAUUAUGAAAUUCAGUUGAACUAUUGAGGUAAAUAUUAAGUGAAAUGUUUAAAACACUAUAGAAAGAUCGAUUCGAUUCCAAGAAGAAAGAUUGAUUCAUCGAAAGGAAAAUGUCGAAGCAGAAGAUUCGUUUAGUGCUCGCUAUUCUAUUAACUUUUGGAGGACAAUGUUAUUGUAAUACAACAGAGGCGACUUCUCAAACUUCGAGACAAUUUAGUACAACUACUGACUCUCUUUCUGUAAGUACAAACAAAGAGUCUACUACAAAUGGUAACACUGUUUCCGGUAGUGAACAUCCAAGUACCAAUGUCAGUGCUACAUUAUUAUCUACCAAUCCUAGUACUGCUUCUACCGAGGUCGUAAGUACCAAAGUAACUACAGACUUUCUAUCUAGCACCGAAGGUAGUAUAUCUUCAUCAAAAUCGUCAACCAACUCGUCUUCCACGACUUCAGGUGCGGUCAAAAAUGAAACUACCAUCGGUAUUAACACGUCUUCUUCGAAUGCACCAAGUACCAUUAAUACAACAACCACUGGGAGUACGACAACAACAAGACAACAGCAGACAACAAGUCAACCAAUCACAACCAAACCAACUACCACAGGUAAAGCAAACAACAUAAGUGGCCCAAGUAAAAAUAAAGGCGAACCUAUGUCAUUAGAGGAGAAACAGAGGAGAAAUGGUAUAGUGUCCGCCAGUAUCUGCGUAGGUAGUCUAGUCCUCAUUGGAAUUGCAUAUUUGUCUAGUUUUGUUGACAAACCUUCGGAAAAGGUGCCGAAAUUGCCAAAGAACAAAUACAAUCGAGAAGAAACAAAUUAUAAAUCUCAAACAAAGCCAGCAGGUACGAAGAAAAUAAGUUUUGACAACGAAUUUUCUAUUCAGGAAACACCAACAACAUCGAGUCAUCUAACAAACUUAAAAUCUCCUAUCAAAACGGACAUAAUCGAAUCUCCAAUCAAAACGGACCUAAUCGAAUCUCCAAUCAAAACGGACCAAAUCGAAUUACAUUCAGUAGAAAAUGACGAGAAAAACAUUCAAAAUGAAAACCGUCGAAGAACUGGAUGGGAUGUUCUUUCUAAAGAUCCAUCAUAUUUUGAUAACUAUCAGCCAAAACAUACAACUACACAAGCAGAAGUCAAUGAAAUGUGAAUAAUUAUUUUCCUGUGUUUAAAUAUUAUGUUUUCUGUCAUAGAAAGAGACUAGCGGAUUUUUAUUUUCAUAUUGUUUAACAGGUGUAUCUUAUAAAAAUUUUGUAAUUUAAAAUAAUACAGAAAGGCAACUUUUUAUAUGAUCUUUGGUUUCUAUUUAUAGUAAAAUAUGUGUAACAUGGUGUUAUCACAAACUUUCUUAUCUUAUGAAAAGUUAUCAUUUUGUAGUCUGACAUCGACACAAGGUUAUCAAUUACACGUAUAGGUAAAUCUUAAA